CUCUCCAACAGCACAUUGCCGCAGCCUGACGAAGAAAUUCGCUGCCAGUCCUCUCUCUGCCACUAACAUGCGGGAUUACGAUGAAAUCACUGCUUUUCUUGGAGAAUGGGGACCCUACCAGAAAGUUAUCUUCUUCCUCUUGAGCCUCAGCAUCUUUCCCAACGGUUUCUGCGGAAUGUCCAUUGUUUUUGUCGGGGAUGUUCCAGAGCAUCGCUGCUCAAUUCCCCGGAAUCUCAAUCUGAGUGAAGCGUGGUUGAAUCGGACUAUCCCUCUGGAACAAGAGAGAGGCAAACUCCAGUACAGCAAGUGUAGACGGUACCGGCUGGAUGUGAUAGUGAAUCUUUCGGAGACAUUUCGUGACCCAGAUUCUUUCAACAUGUCUGAGGUAGAACAGGAGCCCUGUCUGGAUGGUUGGGAGUACAGCAAGGAUCAGUACAUCUCCACCAUCGUCAGUGAGUGGGACUUGGUGUGUGACAAUGACUGGAAAGGGCCGUUUUCUAUGUUAGUUUUCUUCGUGGGAGUGCUGGUUGGUUCUUUUUGUUGUGGACAGUUAUCAGACAGGUUUGGGAGGAAGAAUGUUCUGUUUGGAACUAUGGCUGUACAGACUGGAUUUAGCAUGAUUCAGACGUUCUCUCCAAACUGGGAAAUAUUCUGCCUUCUGAAUUUCCUUGUGGGUCUUGGACAGAUUUCGAACUGGGUAUCUGCCUUUGUUCUUGGAUCAGAACUUUUGGGGAAAACCAUUCGGGUUAUAUUCGGUACACUAGGAAUUUGCAUUUUUUAUGCAAUCGGCUACACGACCCUGCCUUUGAUUGCAUACUUCAUUCGAAGCUGGCGGAUGUUACUUUUCAUCUUGUCUCUGCCCAGCGUGCUGUACAUUCCUUUGUGGUGGUUUAUUCCUGAAUCUCCACGCUGGCUGCUGUUAAAGGGAAGGGUACAGGAGGCUGAAGCAAUACUCCGACAUGCUGCAAAGAAAAAUCGUGUGACUCCACCAGCGGUGCUCUUCAAUGAACUUGAGCUUGAAGAUAUGAAGGCUAAAAGUAAACAAUCUUAUUCGAUUAUUCACUUGUUUAAAACCCAUAAUAUCCGAACCAUCACUAUCAUAAACCUUCUAGUUUGGAUGAUUCUAACAGCUGAAUACUAUGGCCUGUCUUUGAACACUCCUAAUCUCCACGGUGAUGACUAUUUGAACUGUUUCUUCGCUGCUGCCAUCGAAGUUCCGGCCUACAUAGCUGCUUGGCUUUUUCUCCAGAGGUUUUCCCGAAGGUUCAGCCUUUCAGGCUCACUGUUUCUUGGUGGAAUUGUCCUUUUCUUCAUCCAACUCAUACCUCCAGAUCUUUCAGCACUUGCCACAGUGCUGGUGAUGAUUGGAAAAUUUGGGACCUCAAGUGCGUUCUCCAUGGUUUAUGUUUUCACUGCCGAGUUGUACCCAACCGCGGUAAGAAACAUGGGUGUCGGAGUGGGCUCCACAGCCUCGAGGGUGGGCAGCAUCAUCUCGCCUUACAUUUUUUAUCUCGGCAUUUAUCAUGAGUUUCUCCCUUUUAUUCUGAUGGGAGGUUUGACAGUGUUUUCAGCAAUUUUGAUUUUGUUUCUGCCCGAAACAAUCAAUAUUCCUCUCCCAGAAACAAUUGAUCAGAUGCAGAACAUUAAGGGGUUCAAAUUUAGAAAUACUCACAGAAAUCACUUCUAUGGAAAUGGAGAAAACAUUACAAUGGUCAAUAAGAAUGAUGAAAUUUAACCCAACCCUGGCGACAGAUGAGCAGCAAUAGAAAAAUGGACAAGCAAUCGAUUCUUUCCAGUUUAUGUAACAGACUAACAUUAUCUCCUGUUGAAAUACCCUUAGCAAUGAAAUUACUAUACUCAGGGAACACCAUCAAAUACUCAGAUCAACAGGAAUUUGCACUAUUUUAUGUAUCUUAAAUUUUCUCACUUUCAUUUGGAAGCAACAAUGUAUUUCUAUGUAAAACAAAACUUUGUGUCUCACUUUGGGUUAGAAGUGUACUAUGUGCUCAAUUUUGAUAUUUAUACAAAGGAUCAGUGGAGUGCGCUGGUCAGCUGGUCACCCACACCCACAGUAAAGAAGUGUCUGCAAUAAUGAGGUGCUGACCACAUUUGCGUCCAGUUUGUAUGCUGUGGGGCACCAGGAUACAGCUGGCUGGGUUAAGGGCUCACAAUAUUGGGCUGCCAGCAAGGUUCUGGGAGUAUGGGCCACCAUUUUCGAGGGUGGAUUCCAGGGCAAUAACUCAGAUUAUUUUUGUAGAAUCUAGAGGAGUAUUCCUGAACCUCUGAACCCGACAAAAAUCAUGCCAAACUUACUGUCGAUGUAAAAGCAAAACACUGCAGUUGCUGGAAAUCUGAAAUAAAAACAGAAAAUGCUGGAAAAACUCAGCAGGUCUGCCAGCAUCGGUGAAGAGAGAAACAUAGUUAAUGUUUCGAGUCUGUAUGACUCUUCUUCAGAGCUGAAAAGAGGUAGUAAUGGGAACUGUUGAAGAGGGGAUGGAGCAGAUGGAGCCAAAUAGAAGGUCAGCAAUAGGUGGGAGCUUAGAAGAGAUUUGACAAGGAUA